AUGAACCAAGAUGAGAGACUAUCAGAUAUAGAGCAACAGUCGCUAGCUAACAGGAAGCAGGAGACUGGCAACAGUCGCCAUCUAACAGGAAGCAAGAGACUAUCAACAGUCACUAACAGGAAGCAAGAGACUGGUAACAGUCAUCAACAGACAGGAAGCAAGAGACUGGCAACAGUCACUAACAGGAAGCAAGAGACUGGCAACAGUCGCCAUCUAACAGGAAGCAAGAGACUAUCAACAGUCACUAACAGGAAGCAGGAGACUGGCAACAGUCGCCAACAGACAGGAAGCAAGAGACUGGCAACAGUCACUAACAGGAAGCAGGAGACUGGUAACAGUCAUCAACAGACAGGAAGCAAGAGACUGGCAACAGUCACUAACAGGAAGCAGGAGACUGGCAACAGUCGCCAUCUAACAGGAAGCAAGAGACUAUCAACAGUCACUAACAGGAAGCAAGAGACUGGUAACAGUCAUCAACAGACAGGAAGCAAGAGACUGGCAACAGUCACCAACAGACAAGAAGCAAGAGACUGGCAACAGUCGCCAACAGACAGGAAGCAAGAGACUGACAAGAAGCAAGAGACUGGUAACAGUCACCAACAGACAAGAAGCAAGAGACAGGCAACAGUCACCAACAGACAGGAAGCAAGAGACAGGCAACAGUCACCAACAGACAAGAAGCAAGAGACAGGCAACAGUCACCAACAGACAGGAAGCAAGAGACAGGCAACAGUCACCAACAGACAAGAAGCAAGAGACUGGCAACAGUCACCAACAGACAAGAAGCAAGAGACUGGCAACAGUCACCAACAGACAGGAAGCAAGAGGCAGGCAACAGUCACCAACAGACAGGAAGCAAGAGACAGGCAACAGUCACCAACAGACAAGAAGCAAGAGACAGGCAACAGUCACCAACAGACAGGAAGCAAGAGACAGGCAACAGUCACCAACAGACAAGAAGCAAGAGACUGGCAACAGUCACCAACAGACAAGAAGCAAGAGACUGGCAACAGUCACCAACAGACAGGAAGCAAGAGGCAGGCAACAGUCACCAACAGACAGGAAGCAAGAGACUGGCAACAGUCACCAACAGACAGGAAGCAAGAGACAGCCAACAGUCACCAACAGACAAGAAGCAAGAGACUGGCAACAGUCACCAACAGACAAGAAGCAAGAGACUGGCAACAGUCGCCAACAGACAGGAAGCAAGAGACUGGCAACAGUCGCCAACAGACAGGAAGCAAGAGACUGGCAACAGUCACCAGCAGACAGGAAGCAAGAGACCGCCAACAGUCACCAACAGACAGGAAGCAAGAGACAGGCAACAGUCACCAACAGACAGGAAGCAGGAGUGUCUGUCACGACGCCACUAAACCCACUCUUCAUGUAUAUUAA